UCGGAUACCGACCGGAACAACUUUGACAGGAUUUUACCCAUCGUAGGUCUCGAAGGUGAGGUUAGUAUUGUGCAAGAGGUUUAAUAGAAGUGAGGCAAGCUUAGCCAAAACCAACAGGUUCUCUAUUCGUCUGCACUGGGCACUGUCAUGAGCUUCCAUGCUUGAUCUUCUGUGAGACCUCAACUCACACACACCACGCGACUUAAGCUAACCGGGUGACACAGCCAGUAGGAUCACGUUAAACUCUUAAAACAAUGAUUUGAGCUUUCAUCCGGAUCUGCUGUAGUUCAUGACGCAUAGCCAAGACGGGCGUUCCCUUUCCAUAUUGAUGUACCUUGCAUGGCUCCUUCCCCGCAGCGGCCCUGCGACUUCUCACGUUCCUGCCUUCCCAUGGGCAACCCCAUUACAUGUACUAGAAUUAGUUGUGGAGUAUCUAUGAAACUUCAAUUCUUUUUCUGUUGUAUGGCAAAGCUAUUGAUGCCUGGCAGCUUUCACCGACCAUGGCAGCAUUUUGGAAACCGUACCCUCAUUCAACAACCAGCAAUCUCUCUACAUCGACGAGAUGUACCAAAACACCACAGAUCGGCAUGGUAACAGUCCUUAUGCUUAACCAGCUGCCUAAACGUUCGGUACCUAUUUUAUACCCGGCGAUGGGCCAUCCCGCUGUUUACCCCCUUUAUCCGGCAAUCCCACGUUGAUCUCCUCCACGUGCGGGGCCCAACUACCAGGUUGCUGGUGACGACUCGGGUACAUAUUGACCAUGUAUCGUCUUUGGCAUGAGACAUUUCUCAGAGAGAUGGACAACGUUGAAGUUGGUUACCAUGAAGUCACUCUUAUUACUGGGUUUGUCAGCCCGUCUCUCAGCUUCGUUGGGGCACGCGGCCAACUCCACCAUCUACAACCCGAUAUUCCCGGGCUUCUAUCCGGAUCCAAGUUGUAUCUUUGUCCCUGAGUGGGAUGAUACCUUUUUUUGUGCUUCGUCGAGCUUCAAUGCCUUUCCAGGAAUUCCUAUUCACGCGAGCAAGGACCUGCAGAACUGGAAGCUGAUUGGGCAUGUGCUGAACCGCAAGGAGCAACUCCCCAGGCUGGCGGAGACGAAUAGAUCAACCAGUGGCAUUUGGGCACCGACCAUCAGAUUUCACGAUGACACUUUUUGGCUUGUCACGACACUGGUAGAUGAUGACCGCCCUCAGGCAGAUUUUACCAGAUGGGAUAACAUUAUCUUCAAGGGCAAGGAUCCGUACGACCCAGCCUCGUGGUCGAAUGCCAUCCACUUCAAUCUUACUGGUUACGAUCCUGAGCCUUUUUGGGAUGUGGAUGGAAAGGCUUACAUCAACGCCGCCCACGCAUGGCAAGUUGGACCUUACAUUGAACAAGCGGAAGUCAACCUUGACACAGGAGAAGUUGGCGAAUGGAACGUCAUAUGGAACGGAACCGGCGGCCUUGCCCCUGAAGGACCGCAUAUUUACCACAAGGAUGGAUGGUAUUAUCUCCUGGCUGCAGAGGGUGGAACUGGUGUUAACCACAUGGUCACGAUGGCUCGCUCAAAGAAUGUUUCUGGACCUUACGAGUCAUAUGUGAACAACCCGGUCUUGUCCAAUGCCAAUACCUCAAGUCUUUUCCAAACCGUAGGCCAUGCGGAUCUCUUUCAUGAUGGCAAUGGAAACUGGUGGGGUGUUGCUUUGUCCACUCGCUCAGGUCCUGAAUACAUACACUAUCCCAUGGGACGGGAAACCAUCAUGACGGCUGUAUCCUGGCCUGAGGGAGAGUACCCAGUUUGGACACCCAUCAGCGGUGAAGUGAGCGGUUGGCCUCUGCCGCCUGCGGCAUUGGAUAUCAAAGGGGUGGGGCCAUUUGUCAACCAUCCGACACCCGAGAUUCUCACCUUCUCCAACAAUACCGCUCUCCCAGCCCACAUCACGCACUGGCGUUACCCCAAUCCAUCCUCCUUUACCAUCUCGCCGCCUGAGAAGCCAAACACUCUGCGAAUCAACCCUUCGAACAUCAACCUGACCGCUCUGAAUGGGAAUUACGCCGGCCCAGGUGGUCAGAGCUUCAUCUCGCGCCGACAGCAAGACACCCUUUUCACUUUCUCCGUCGACCUUGACUUUUCUCCCACAGCCAUCGAAGAAGAAGCCGGUGUAUCUGCUUUCUUGACACAGAACCACCAUCUCGACAUUGGAAUCGUGCUGCUGCCUCCAAGUGCCAGCACUGCGACUCUCUUGUCGGGACAGCCCGCGGGACAAGAAGAGGAGGCUCUGAUUCCGCAGAUCAGGUUCAGGGGGGAAUCCUACGUGCCUGUUCCGAAGCCCAUCAUUGCCCCUGUGCCCAAGGCUUGGAGAUAUGGAAAACUGAGGCUGGAGAUCAAGGCUGCGAAUAGGACUCAUUACAGCUUCAGUGUUGGGCCAGCGGGGAGACAGAGCUUGAUGCAGACGUUGUUGUAUGCGAGUAAUGAGCCUGUUAGUUGGGGUUUUACUGGGGUGCUCCUUGGCGUGUAUGCCACAAAUAACGGGAGAAAUGGGACGACACCGGCAUAUGUCUCGAACUGGCAGUAUCUGCCUCAGGGGCAGUUCAGAGACUAA